AUGGGAAACUCCCAAACCAAGGAAUCCCGCUCCGCAGUUCCCUCGCGCCGCCGCAGCCAGCAAUUGUCGCCGGGGGGCUCCGAUGCCGCCAGUCGCCCUUACCAUGGCUCCCGGACCGCUAGAGGCAGUCGCCCGGAUCUCUCCAUCCUCGGCCUCGGCAGUAGUCAUGAUCGCGAUGCGGCAGCGCCGGAACACAGGCGGGAGACAAAACAGGAGCGAGAGGCUCGACGCCAGGAGAAGGAACGGGUCGCUCGUCUGAAGGAGAGAGAACGCAGCAUGAAAGAGGAGCAUGUCGAUGGAGGCUAUCUGGUCACACAGGGUGUCUACGUCGGGACAGAGGACUACAGCAAACCGGUCGUCCGGCAGUUGAUGAUUGAACGUCGUUUGGCUCCCUUCUGGCGCGGCCUGGAUGACUUCUCGGAGUCAUGGGCCGAGCACCAGCUGAUGGCGGCCGCACCCCCUCUCGAUGCGACAAAUAUUCAGCAUCUCACAGUGCCCAUCGGGUCCAGAUCACAAUCUUUGAACUCAGAUGCCUCCCAAGCGUCAAAUCCCCCUCAAUCGCUCCCCUCCUCAUCUCCUAUCGCUUCUGGGACAUCAACAUCACCGCUUUUCCGAACUAGAGCGAAGACGCUCGCAGGCCUUACCUCCUCUAAGCAUGGUUCACAGACGGACUUAUCACCGCGGGAACUGCAGCUUCCCAAGGAUCCAUUCGUAAAUGGACAGCCCAUCGAAGUCAACUUGUACAAAGACGCGGCGGAAUGUCCGAUCUGCUUCCUCUACUAUCCGCCGUACCUGAACCGCACCCGGUGCUGUGAUCAACCAAUCUGUUCCGAAUGUUUCGUACAAAUUAAGCGUCCCGACCCCCAUGUCCCAGAGCACGCAGAGCCCAAUGCGAACGCCCCUCCAGCUGAAGGCGAGCAAGCGGAAGCAACGGAAUCGCAACUAGUCUCCGAGCCUUCCGCUUGUCCCUUCUGUGUCCAGCCCGAAUUCGGAGUGACUUAUGCGCCACCCACCUUCCGUCGAGGCCUGACAUAUGCGGCUGACCCCAGUGCCCGACUCUCGCCCAACUUCACCUCCCCCGUAUCCUCCACCUCCUCCCUGGGUCUGCCCACUGUUACGCCCGGUCGUCGCCGUGCCACGUCAUUAUCUGCCACCGAUCCUACCGUAGUCACGACAGAUAAAAUCCGGCCCGAUUGGGCCACCAAGCUGUCAAAUGCCCGCGCCCACGCGGCUCGUCGGUCUGCGGCAGCCACGGCCCUGCACACCGCGGCUUAUCUUAUUAACCCUGCAUCGGGUAGUGACUCACGAGGCUUUGGCAUCGGACGUCGCGGGAUGCGCAGAGCCACCGGCGGGGAAGGGCACAGCGGCCGGACCGUGUCGCCCGCUCUCAAUGCGUUGGCUUUCUUGACCGAGCGUGCCGGUCCCGAUCGCACGCACACUCGGGCGGCUGCGCAAGAUACGGAUUCUGCUUCUGCCGAGGAAGGUUCUGGUAAUUUGGCAGCUCCGCGCUCCAGCUCAAGGCGUAAUCGCAUCGAUGAUCUUGAGGAGAUGAUGAUGAUGGAAGCCAUUCGACUUAGUUUGGCUAGUGAAGACGAGCGCCUCAGGCGAGAGGAGAAAGAGGCGCGGAAAGAGGCCAAGAAGAGGGAGAAAGAGAAGGAGAAAGAGGCCAAGAGGGCAGAUAAAGUAGCUCGAAAGACUGGAUUGUACAGCAACAAUGCCAGUACCUCAGCUUUGGAUGUCCCUGGCGAGCCUAGUCUAGGCAAGGUGACGAGUAGCUCAUCCUCUGUCAUUGGCGAGGACCCCGUUGGAGAAGAACUUGCUACUGCUGGCAAGGGCAAGGGAGUCGAUCGUGCGCCAUCGACUGAGAAUUUGGAUUCCAACAGCCUCGACCCUGCAUCCGCAGCGACGCUGCCUGACCACCCCGAGCCCUCGCGACAAUCCCAACUCCGACAAGUUUCCAGUGCAUCUUCAUCUUUUUCCUCCCUCACGGAGACCACCCCCGAUGAUCGUACUGGUCACACCGCGGACGGCAAUAACAACUCCGAACCAUUGUUCAACUUCCGCAGUCUCGCCGCUGUAAUUGGCGACGAGGAGAAAGGCGAUGAAUCUGCAGAGCACGUCGAGGAUACCUCGAACAAGCCCCCGGCUGAAGGGUCUUCCAGUGCUACCCCGUCAGUACAUCAGCCGACUUCAGAGACCCACGAAACACAACCUAUCAUUGAAACCCGUACAGAGGCACACGAGGGUGCAGGCAGCCUUCCCAAAGAACUCGAGACUCGCUCCGUCGAGAUCACCAGUUCACCCACACAUCGGGAGGCCACCUGA